AGAAACCAAUGGUGCCGCCAAAUAAAAAGGUCAGGAAACCAAAGAGGAAGAUUACUUAAUGUCACUCUCACUGCUCCAUACAGAAGUAUUUUUCGCACUCACAUGCUCUGCGUAUGGAAACCCUAAUCGGCGCAGUCGCGAGUGGACAGUUUCAACCAACUAUAGCCAUUACGUUCAACUGGGGGAGCUCGAGAUCAAGCCGGAGCCCCAAUGGCGUUUCUAUGUGUCUCCUCCCUCCUAGAUGUUCAGUCCGUGCUUCUACUUUAGCCGCGAUUCUUACGAUCCACUUCAUCCAGUUGAUAAUGCGGACAAGUUUGUUGAAGCUUCAAAAACGGGAAAUCUUAUUCCUCUAUACCGAUGUAUUUUUUCUGAUCACCUCACCCCCGUUCUUGCUUACCGGUGUUUGGUUAAGGAGGACGAGAGAGAUGCUGCUAGUUUUCUCUUUGAGUCUGCUGAACCUGGACUCCAGGUUUCCAGUAUUUGUAGUGGGAGCUCAGCCAACAAUGGAAAUUGUGGCCAAAGAGAACAUGGUUACAAUAAUGAACCAUGAGGAAGGACGCAGGACUGAAGAAAUUGUGGAGGAUCCGAUGGUGAUUCCUAGAAGAAUCAUGGAUCAGUGGAAACCUCAACUCACCGAGGAGCUUCCAGAUGCAUUUUGUGGUGGUUGGGUUGGUUAUUUUUCAUAUGAUACAGUGCGUUAUGUAGAAAAGAAGAAACUUCCAUUCUUUACUGCCCCAGCAGAUGACAGAAAUCUUCCUGAUGUUCAUCUGGGUCUUUAUGAUAAUGUGAUUGUGUUCGACCAUGUUGAGAAGAAAGCUUAUGUGAUUCAUUGGGUGCAAUUAGAUCGCUAUUCUUCUGCUGAGGAGGCUCUCAAUGAUGGAAUGAACCGAUUGGAAACACUGGUGUCCCGGGUGCAUGAUAUAAUUACCCCAAGGCUGCCAGCAGGUUCAAUAAAGUUAUACACUCAUAUUUUUGGUCCUAAGCUGGAGGCAUCAAACAUGACAAGUGAUGAAUACAAGAAGGCAGUGCUGCAGGCGAAAGAACACAUUCUAGCUGGUGAUAUUUUUCAGCUUGUACUAAGUCAGCGAUUUGAACAGAGGACAUUUGCAGACCCAUUUGAAGUCUACAGAGCACUGAGGAUUGUUAAUCCUAGUCCAUACAUGACUUAUCUACAAGCCAGAGGGUGUAUCCUUGUUGCUUCAAGUCCAGAAAUUCUUACACGAGUGAAGAAGGGGAAAAUUACCAAUCGUCCCCUUGCUGGGACUGUUAGGAGAGGGAAAACACCAAAAGAAGAUAUCAUGUUAGAGAAAGAUCUUUUGAAUGAUACGAAGCAGUGUGCAGAACACAUAAUGCUCGUUGAUUUGGGAAGGAAUGAUGUUGGGAAGGUCUCCAAACCUGGUUCUGUAAGAGUUGAAAAGCUCAUGAAUAUUGAGCGCUAUUCCCAUGUCAUGCACAUCAGUUCAACUGUCACCGGGGAGUUACUUGAUCAUUUAACAAGCUGGGAUGCACUGCGUGCUGCAUUACCUGUUGGUACAGUUAGUGGAGCGCCAAAGGUGAAAGCCAUGGAGUUGAUUGAUCAGUUGGAAGUGGCAAGACGAGGACCGUAUAGUGGUGGUUUUGGAGGCAUAUCCUUUACCGGCUCUAUGGACAUUGCUCUUGCUCUGAGGACCAUUGUUUUCCCUACCAAUACUCGUUUUGAUACAAUGUACUCGUACAAGGAUGUGAACAAACGUAGGGAAUGGAUUGCUCAUCUGCAGGCUGGAGCAGGAAUUGUGGCUGAUAGUGAUCCAGCUGAUGAGCAAAGAGAGUGUGAGAACAAAGCUGCAGCUCUUGCCCGUGCAAUUGAUCUUGCAGAGUCUUCCUUUGUUCAGAAAUGAAUUGGAUGUAUCCAUGGGUGAAAACUUCAUUACUGAAUUGUAAACUAAAAGGAAGACGUUGACUCUCGUUUAAAAUUAAUCGGAGGCAGCUACGUAAUUGCCUCAGAAGUGAGGGUUUUGCAGUCAUUUGCAGUUAAUUUUGAUGGAAAUAUGCUGUUUUUUUUUUUUUUAAUGAAAAUAUUGACCAUCAUUGAGGGUGCAUUUGGGAGUUCCCUGAAGGAAAAGAACUGUCUCCUCUAACCUUUGUUUGACAUUUAUUAUUGCAAAAUGGAUGGAAUGAAUUGUAUAUAUUUUUUUUGACA